AUGACUCAGGAUCAGGGAGAGUCUUGUCUUGUCCACUAUGUAAAGGAUCUUAUACAAGUUCCUUUACCUGGUUUUCUUGUAACAUUUCUGGUGAUUCUGGCCACCUUUGGAACACAAUCACAUGGAUAUGAGGUUUUUAACAUGAUUAACCCACUCAGCAAUGGUGGAAAUUUUCAGGAGACAAUGACAAUUGACAAUGAAAAAAAUAUCGCCAUCAUCAACAUCCAUGCAGGGUCAUGUUCCUCUACCACAGUUUUCGACUACAAACAUGGUUACAUUGCUUCCAGAGUGCUCUCCCGAAGGGCCUGUUUCAUCUUGAAAAUGGACCAUAAAAAAAUUCCUGCACUGGACCAGCUCCAGCGGUAUAUCUAUGAAAAACAGGCUUUGAACAACAUGUUCUCUAACAAAUACACCUGGGUCAAGUACAACCCUCUGGAGUCUUUGAUCACUGAUGUGGAUUGGUUCUUGUUUGGGUCACCUAUUAAGAAUCUUUGCAAACAUGUCCCUUUGUACAAGGGAGAAGUUAUUGAAAAGACACAUAAGGUUGGUGCUGGCGCAUGUGCAAAGGCUGGACUCCUGGGCAUCUUGGGAAUUUCCAUCUGUGCAGAUGUUCAUGUUUAA